GGAAAAUAGAAAUUCCGGUAACCUUUGGUAGCUCGUACGGCUUCUUCACAAAAUUGCCGGCCUAUGAAGAUCAUUUCCUUCAUUUAACCCUCCAAGCUCCAGAUUAUCCAUUGCUGUACUCACAAAGCUCCAAAGUCUUGUUCUUUUCUUCUUUGUUUCUUUAAUUACUGCUCAUGACUAUCUCUCUGAUGGAAAAAGUCGAAGCCUUUUUCUGUGUUUCUCUAACGGGUAUUGAUUGCUAAGUACUUCGAUUUCCGCGUAGUAUGGUACAUAGUUGAAGUUUGAGAAUUUGGGUUUUGUUCUCUGAUAUUUUAACUUUGGUGGGUAGCUUUUAUAUGCUUAUUAUAGCUUCUUUCUUCGAAAUUGAAAGCUUGAGCCUUUGAUUCUAAAGCUUGGAGUGAGUUCGUUUGGAUUGAUGCAGAUGUUGUCAAUGAGGGUUAGUGUUUAUGUAGUUGGAUUGGAGAGGAUCCAAUUACUCUUUUGAUUGUUGAGGACGAAGAGAGAAGAAAUGGAUCUAUGGUUAAUCGCAGCUACUGCUGCUACAGGAUAUAUAACCAAGCAUUUGCGAAAUGUAUCCAAAGGUAAAUCUUCUUCUGAAGAUUUGACUAAUGUGAAGCUAGAGUCACCGAGAUGCUUGGCUAGUAAUGUAGUAAGAGUUAAAAAACCAAAAGAAGAAAACUUUGAGGAUUGCUUAAAUGGGGAAACUCUUGAUCUAUAUGAAUGUGGCAAUGCAUAUGGAGUGGAAGUAGCUUCGAAUAAUGAGGAGGAUUUGGGAUAUGAUGAUGAGAUUCGUUCAGGUUCUUUUGGGAACAGAGCGUUUCUUAGGAGAAAUCAGUGUCCUAUCAAGCCUUUUUCUUUGGAGAAAAGCAUUAUGUCUCGGUUACAUAGAGAGAAAAUAUCCAUGGAGGAAUAUAUGCGUAGUCCGUUUCCAUCACCUUGUGGUUCAGUUUCGAGGCCCUUGCUUGUUACUGAUGGUACAAAUGUAAUUAGCAAGAAUACUGGAGAUUCUGUUAGCCAGCAAGUUUCGGAAUGCGGGAUUCCUCAGCUUAGGAAGUUGAAAUCUUCACUUCUUUACGCUAAAAGGGGAGUUGGAGAUGCGAAGAGCGUGAGUAGAAGAUCUGAUAAUGGGACUGGAUCAAAUGAUCCAGUGUUAGUGCUAUGCGUUGGGAUUUCAAUUGGGAUAAUGUCAUCAUUUGUAGCUAACCAAACCGAACUAAACAAAGUCAGAGCAGAGUCAAAGCAGACAGAGAAUUUGGGAAAAGAGUUAGAAGAUGACAUACACGAUGGUGAAAAACAGUGUGAUGAAAAGACAGCAGAGAAUUCAGAAUCUAUAAGUAAAAUUGAAGCAGAACUUGAAGCUGAACUUGAAAGGCUGGAGAUCAACAUGAUUUCCUCCAACAUUGAGACAAAACUCUCAGAUGUCUUUGAGCUGGAGCCAGAUUUCGAAGUAGAAUUUGCGCAGGGUGAGCUGAGAGAUGAUCAGGUUGAAAGACAGCGUUUUGAUGAAACCGUGUCCAACCAGGAACGGAGUAGCAAUUCCACACCUGAAUCAGGAAACUACAUAGUCUCACCUCGUGAGUUAAGCUUGCGUCUGCUUGGAGUUAUCAAUUCAUGCUAUGAAAAACGGAUAAAAGAACUUGAGAAUGCCUUACAAGAGAGUCAGAGGAAAGUGGAGCAGCUGGUCAUAGAAUCAGAGGAAAAGAAGAAACCAUUGUCAAGGAUUUGGGAAACCCAUGAAGAGAUGAAAUAUAAGAGGGGCUCAAAUCCUCCAGUUUCUGUAGCUCAUAUAGAGAAGAAACAUAAUCCUGCAGAGAUCCAACCUCUGGUUAUGACUUUAGAAGGGGAAGCACUUGACGCAUUCAAUGAAUCUUACGAGGAACUGAUGGAUAUUAACGACUAUUCAGAAGAAGACGAUUUACAAUGUGUGAUGCAGGAGAAUGAGCGGCAAGAAGAAUUGUCUUUGACGAGCAAAAGCUCACCUUGGAGCCAUAAAGAUUACAUAAAGGAUUCUUCAAGAACUUCAGAGGAUGUGAAUUUGUCCAUGCUGCAAGAUCUACUUGGUCUGAGCGACGAAGAAGAAGAAGAAGAAGAUGAGAUGGAGAAGCAUCUGAUAAAGCAGAUUGUUGAGAAAACAAAGCAAGGGUCUUCUGCUGUGUUAAAUGCCCAGAAAAUGCUAUUCCUCAUGGAAGAAAUACAACCAAAUCUAUAAAAAGCAUUUACUCAAAUUCUCAUCAUUUUUUGAUGAAAGUAUUACACGUCUCUAGUUAGUGUGUGUGUAGAUAUGCAAAGAUUGGUGUAACUUAUCUUGUCAUAUGCAAAGAAACUGAAGAGAGAAGAAGAUGUGUUGUCAAAUUCAAUGUAUAUAUCUUAAGACCAGUGUCAAAGCUUAAGAUGUGAUAAUCUUUAAGACCAUCUCCAAAACUCCGAUGGAGAUGCUCUAAGUUUUUCUGGCAGAAAGAAGAGUCUUUUGAAA